CCGACCGCCGCCACUACCGGGGCCUGAGCGGGCCUGGCGGAGCCCGAGCGCGGCCCGGCCCGCAGCGCGGGGUCCCGAGCGCAGUGAAGAGACUGUUUUCUGAAGGCUGCGUUGGAGACUGUGACCGAGCAGAACCGAUGGGGAGGCUUUCUGAAUAACAUGGCCCUCUGCCAUUAGCCUUGCCAUGACCACAUUUUUCACCAGCGUCCCUCCCUGGAUUCAAGAUGCAAAGCAGGAGGAGGAAGUGGGCUGGAAACUAGUUCCCAGGCCUCGGGGCCGGGAGGCAGAGAGUCAAGUGAAGUGCCAAUGUGAAAUCUCGGGGACACCUUUCUCAAAUGGGGAUAAGCUAAGGCCUCACAGCCUUCCCCAUCCGGAGCAGAGACCGUAUAGCUGCCCUCAGCUGCACUGUGGCAAGGCUUUUGCCUCCAAGUACAAGCUGUAUAGGCACAUGGCCACCCACUCGGCCCAGAAACCCCACCAGUGCAUGUACUGUGACAAGAUGUUUCACCGAAAGGACCAUCUGCGGAACCACUUGCAGACCCACGACCCCAACAAGGAGGCCCUCCACUGCUCUGAGUGCGGUAAGAAUUACAAUACAAAGCUGGGUUACCGUCGCCACCUGGCCAUGCAUGCUGCCAGCAGUGGUGAUCUCAGCUGCAAGGUGUGCCUGCAGACCUUUGAGAGUACCCAGGCCCUAUUGGAGCACCUGAAGGCUCACUCACGCCGGGUUGCAGGAGGUGCCAAGGAGAAAAAGCACCCCUGUGACCACUGUGACCGGCGGUUCUAUACUCGGAAGGAUGUUCGACGGCACUUAGUGGUCCACACUGGUCGUAAAGACUUUCUGUGCCAGUACUGUGCCCAGAGGUUUGGCCGCAAGGAUCACCUGACACGCCAUGUCAAGAAGAGCCAUUCACAGGAGCUGCUCAAGAUCAAGACAGAGCCAGUGGAUAUGUUAGGCUUACUCAGCUGCAGCUCCACAGUCAGUGUAAAGGAAGAGCUGAGCCCCGUGCUCUGCAUGGCUUCUCGGGACGUGAUGGGGGCCAAGGCCUUUCCUGGCAUGUUGCCCAUGGGUAUGUAUGGUGCCCACAUCCCUACCAUGCCCAGCUCGGGCGUGCCACACUCCCUGGUGCACAACACGCUGCCCAUGGGUAUGAGUUACCCUCUGGAAUCUUCUCCUAUCUCCUCCUCAGCUCAGCUCCCUCCAAAAUACCAGCUUGGAUCUACCUCAUACUUGCCUGACAAACUGCCCAAAGUGGAGGUGGAUAGUUUUCUGGCAGAGCUUCCUGGAAGCCUCUCUCUCUCAUCGGCUGAACCCCAGCCCGCCUCACCUCAGCCAGCGGCAGCUGCAGCCCUUCUAGAUGAAGCCCUGCUCACCAAGAGUCCCGCCAACCUCUCUGAGGCCCUCUGCGCUGCUAAUGUGGACUUCUCUCAUUUACUGGGCUUUCUUCCACUCAACCUACCCCCAUGUAACCCGCCAGGGGCCACAGGAGGCUUGGUCAUGGGCUACUCCCAAGCUGAAGCACAGCCUCUGCUCACCACUCUGCAAGCUCAGCCUCAAGAUUCUCCUGGAGCUGGGGGACCCCUGAACUUUGGACCUCUGCACUCCUUGCCUCCUGUCUUCACCUCUGGCCUGAGUACCACCACCCUGCCUCGUUUCCACCAAGCAUUCCAGUAGCCCCCAUGGAGGUUCCCCCACUCAGUCUUUUGGUUCUGCAAGGGAGCCUAAGUACCUACCCCGUCCACCUCUCCCAUGAAGGCAGCUGAGCUUUCAGAGCUGGGUUCGAAAAGAAAAUUUCAGUGUCUAUAUGGAGCACUUGGUUUGGGGGUUCAGGCUCCAGGAUCAAUCUAGAGGGAUCCUUGAACCCAGCCCCGUGAACAAUCUAUCAUAGGACUUUCAGGUAUUUUUACUUUUAUAUUUUGAUCUGAACUGGGAGCUAUUUUUAGCCCUCUGUCUCUCCAAAGCAUCAGAACCACCUUCAAUCUGGAGAAGGGGAAGCCUCUUGGAGACAGAGGGUUUUACUUGUAUGACCUCAAGAGAAAUAGCUUAAGAAGCCCGCCUUCGGGUCCCAACCUGUAGACCCUCCAGCAGGUGGCCAUUGAGUCCCUGCUGUGGAAUGUCUCUUGACUAUUACCUGCUUCCGGCUACCAGGCAGGAAAGAGGGGCUCUAUUCUCAGCAAUCCCAUCCCUACUCUACCAGCAGCUCCAUUUCAGUCAGUGUUGUCCAGCAACGGUACCGUUUACAUUCUCCUCAGACACCAUUUCACCUCCCUCAGCACACUGUUAGCCUUAGAGUGAUUGCAGUGCACACUGUUUACACACCGUGAAUCCAUUCCCACCAGUCCAUUUCAGUUGCCACCAGCCUGAACCACUUGGUACCUGGUGUUAACUGGAACCCUGUUUACAAGGCGGAGUCGGGUCUUGCUGACUUCUCUUCACUUGAGGUCACAUUUUUUUCCCCUGUGGGGAAAUAAACUGACUUUGGACUGCUUCAGUUUCUGCCAUCUCCAUGACUGCUUCUGUUCCUGCCUUUCAUGGCAGUGUCCACAGGAGAUAGGCAAGAAGAUUGGAGCAGCUUUCUCACAGGUCUGCAAUUUGGUUUUUCUCCAAGUACAUCAUGACACCUUCAUCCUCCUGAACUGGAGAGAGGAAGAAAUAAAGGCAUCCAUAUCCACCAUUUCCCCAGUCUCUAGCCCCACCCUGGACAUCGUGAGCUGUUGUAUUUGUCUUGGAAGGAGGGGUUCUGGGCUCUGGGCUGGUUAGCAGAGAAGAGGAAAUAUGCUCUGUGUUUGUUUCCCUCCUGCUUGUCCUUUCUGUAGGACAGAAUGGAACUGUCAGAGGAGUUUCUAGAAAGUUAGCAUUGGGCAGAUAGUUGAGUCCUAAUCUAUCAAAUUAUUGUUGCCUCUCAUACCAAAAUGUUCUUACCUACAGCGUCCCUUCUCCUUUCCCUGCUUCGCAGUCCCUAUGGACUCUGGGCACUGUGCAUUGUCUUCUCUGCUCUCCGUUGAAGACCUUCAACCUGUCGUGGUCCCCUCAGUUGCCCUGAGUAUCUAGCAGUGUUUCUUGCAAGAAGUUAAUUCUUCUGCUGACUUGGGGCUCUCUGCCACAGACUGUACAGCCCUUGCCCAGAGCAGUCGAAUCCCUACUCCCAUUUCAUCUCGGUUCUGUAUGGGCUUUUCCCAUGCAUGGAAGGGAGGCAGCUCAGGGACCAUCAUUGUGGAACCUUUUGAGACACCUCUCUAAUUCAGAAACACACUUCUACCUCUUUACUGUUAACUCUUACAGAUGUAGCCAGCAGCCUGGGCACUUCUGUUAGUGGUGUCUUUUGCUGGCUCCUCCACUAGGGUUUCAGGACAGACUACCUAGGAACUGCCUCAAUCUCCCACCAGUUCUUCCCUGUCCCCUCCCUUCUGUCUAGAUUCACUUCAGUUUAUCAUUGGGAACUGUGCAGGUCCAAGACCUGGACUCCUGCUUCAGCCCAGGCCAGUACUCCUUGUUUGAGGUGAAAACCUUCAGAUUUAACUCCCUGGCCCUUGUUUGGAAGCAAUGUGGAGUGAAUAAGAUGUUUUGAUUUAAGCAAGGUAGCUUGGAAUACCUUUUUUUAAAAAAAAAAAAAAAAAAAAAAAAACUGGAUAUAACUACGUCUGACAGGAUUGGAAUCAGACCAGGUGAUUUGCUUCUAAAGAUUAGUUUCAGUGAGUCCCAGGGACUAAUUAAGGUUUAUUGUUAAAAGCGUCUGCCUUGGUACGCAACCAUCUCCUGCAUGCUAUGCAUGUUGUUGGGACUCGUACUGCAGGAAAUGGCAUGUGAGAAUCCAAGUGGAACUCGCUGCUGCCAUUUUCCGUGUGUUUGGUCUUCACUAGACCCAGGCCCCUUUCUCCCUUUGCCUGCCACCUCCCUAUCGUUUUCAGAAGCCAGUUGCCUCCAGCCACACAGUAUAGUGCACUGGGCUGUUUGAGGAGAUCUGUUCCCCUGAGCUUGUCCUCCCUUGGUGCUCAUAGGACAGCAGAGCACCUAUUGUAAAUCUUGUAGCUGGGGCCUUGCUCCCACCUCUAGUCUUUUCUCUCUGCCUUUUCUCAUCCAUCCUUUCUGUUUUUCAGCUUUUCUCAGUGUCCUUACCUAAGGAAAUUUUCUGUCACUGUGAACGCUGGUUAUCUGCCUUCACUCUUUCGGACCACAAACCACCCUGCAGUUUCUUAACUCUUUCCCCAACCUACCACCCAAAAGAGCCUUUUUGGCCAGUUGUUAAAAGGAUAAAAAUAAUUUGCUCUGUACUCGGUGCCCAAACUCAUUUAAGUACCCCUUAUGAGGCCAAGAGAGCCAGAGGGGCAUCUGCCCAGGACAGGAGCCAUGGUGUGUGUGUGUGGCACAGACCAAUCAGGGACCAGAAAAGAAUGAUGUCCCCUUUCCUUGCCACAUACUCUAGCCUGUCAACAAUGCACUGCACAGGGGACAAGCGCCCCUCAGCCUGCACAGGCUGUCAGAGUUGAGGACUGUCCUGGGGCCAGGGACUAGUAUGCCCAGGUGUCGGCUCAGAGGAUCCUAGCACCAUCUUAAACAGGUGGGAGGCAGGGAAGGGUGCGCCAGUGUGUCUCUCCCCGACUUUACAUGGUGUUUUUGUUAAUGCAAAUCCGGGGAAGCAGGUAUGAUUGCUUUUUUGUUCGUAGAUAUUGUCAUAAGUUGAAAUCUCCCUAAACCUCCCUUAGUAGCCUUUAAGUUUUCCCUUCCCUUUUUGGUAGCUAUUUUCCCUACCCCUUCUCCACGAUUUAAAAAACAAACAAACAAAAAAAAAACAACAAAAAAGCAAAAAAAAAAAAACAAAAAAAAAAACAGGUUGUAUUAUACAGGAUCAAUAUUUUGCUUUUUAACAAGGAUAUUUAUGUAAUAAGAAACUUUGCCUUAGGCAGGUGUUGGCCAGAAAAGUCCAGAUUUCUCUGGGACCUCACCCUGGCCUCUCCUGGAGCUCUGAACCUGCUGUGGAAGGAAGUGGCUGUGACUUUCACCACUGGAGAGUGGGGUUUGUGGUGUGGAAAGGGUGUUCACGGUGUAAUCUGGGACUGUGUGGAGUGGUUCCUACCAACUUGCUUCAGGUGUUGCCUGUGUCAUCUGCCAGUUCUCCCAUGUGCAACCUCAGCGUGUCCGGCACUAGAAUUCUUGAACACUAUUUCACACCCUUCUCUUACUCCCAGUUGGUUGAAGCUUUGGAGCUACUCUUUCUUAAUGCCAGAUUAUUUAAAGAAAGAAAAUUACAAGACAAAAACCUUCUAGCACUUUGUAAACACAGUGAAUAACCUCUUGGAGUAUUUUUGGCUUUAUAUAAAACAAGGUUUUUAAUUGUAAAAUAUAAGUGCCAUUAGAAAAUGCACAGGGCAUAUCUUUGUUAAAGUAGAUU